AUGAAUGAAAUAGAUGAAUCUGGAGGGAGGUUUGAAGAUGAGGAGGAUGAUUUUGUAGAUGAAGAGUAUUUAGAGGAAGAUGAAAUAGAAGCUAGUGAUGAGAAUGUAGAGAUUAUGACAGAUGAUGUAAUACAUAAUAAAUAUGAAGGAAAACCCUGUGAAGGUCCAAGAAUUACAACACCUUAUAUGACAAAAUUUGAGAAAGCAAGAAUAAUAGGAACGAGAGCUUUACAGAUUAGUAUGAACGCUCCUGUAGCAAUUCCCUUAGAUGGUGAAACAGAUCCAUUAAUUAUAGCUGAAAAAGAAUUAUAUGCAAAGAAAAUACCCUUUAUAAUUAGGAGAUAUCUUCCAAAUGGUAAUUACGAAGAUUGGAAAAUUGAUGAAUUAAUACUAGACUAA